ACCGAACCCACUCUCCAUGUUCAGAAUGUCCAAUAGAUUUUGGAGCAGAGGCCUCCAAAGCGUCCGCAGGUACCACGCUUAUGACCACCCAGCCUCAAACUUGAUUGUGGAUCCCACCAAACUCGAAAACAAGCUCUUGACCAAGUCUUUGGAGUACAUUCCCCAAUUUGGCUUCAGCGACCAAUGCAUCAGUGAAGCCAUAAAACAAAUGCAGUACCCGGACUCCAUUCGCUCCAUCUUGACAGCUAGCUUCAGCGGCCACUCCACAGAACUCCAAUUGAUGGUCCACUGGUUGAAAACUCAGAGACAAGCGUUGGAUAGUGAGGUUAACUCUCCUGACAGCCAGCUCCACUCCAUCACCGAUGAGUAUGAAAGAGCUUCGUUUUUGAUCAACAAAAGGUUAUCGUACAACAUCCCCAUUAUCGACAAGUUACUGGGCGGCAUCUCGCAGUUGUUGGUACCUUACAAUAUGAGCUUUUCAUUGGAAGAAUUGUACAAUUUGGGAGAUGAUAUAGCGUUCCACGCGGGAGACGCAUCGAUAGACUUUGCCUGGUACGCCAAAAGGCUUAGUCUUUCAAUGGUGUAUGUAUCAUCCGAGCUCUACAUGGUGCAGGACAAGAGUGCCGACUUUGUCAACACCAAGAAAUUUGUGGAGGAUAAGGUGAAGAAUAUCGACCAUUUGGGAGAAGCCUACGAGAACAUAGAGCAAUGGGCAUUUUUCAACGCCAUUUCCGCCUUCAACUUGGUCAAGUCCCAGGUGAGUCGGGGAUAGAUAGACUGUAUAUAUUCGGAUUAAUGUACAUGGUGAAAUAGUA